AUGUUGGAAGAUGUGGAGAUGUUGGAAGACAGGCAGAUGCUGGAAGCCCUGGAGAUGCUGGAAGACUUGGAGGUAAGACUGGAUUUUUGGGAAGACUGUGGAUCUUCGGGAAGACUGUGGAUCUUCGGGAAGACGGUGGAUCUUUGGGAAGACUGUGGAUUUUUGGGAAGAUGUGGAUUUUGGGAAGAUGUGGAUUUUUGGGAAGAUGUGGAUUUUGGGAAGACUGGAUUUUGGGAAGACGUGGAUUUUCGGGAAGACAUGGAUUUUCGGGAAGACGUGGAUUUUGAGAAGACGUGGAUUCAGGAAGACGUAGAUUUUCUGGAAGACGUGGAUUUUUAAGAUGUGGAUUUUUGGGAAGACGUGGAUUUUGGGAAGACGUGGAUUUUCUGGAAACGUGGAUUUUGGGAAGACGUGGAUUUUCUGGAGGACGUGGAUUUUCUGGAAGACGUGGAUUAGGAAGAUGUGGAUUUUCUGGAAGACGUGGAUUUUCUGGAAGACGUGGAUUUUCUGGAAGACAUGGAUUUUCUGGAAGAUGCGGAUUUUCUGGAAGACAUGGAUUUUUCCGAAGACAUGGAUUUUUCAGAAGACAUGGAUUUUCUGGAAGACAUGGAUUUUCCAGAAGACAUGGAUUUUCUGGAAGACGUGGAUUUUUCAGAAGACAUGGAUUUUCUGGAAGAUGUGGAUUUUCUGGAAGACAUGAUUUUUCCAGAAGACAUGGAUUUUUUGAGAAGACUUGGAUUUUGGGAAGACAUGGAUUUUCAGGAAGAUGUGGAUUUUCAGGAAGACACAGAUUUUUGGGAAGACAUGGAUAAUCUGGAAGACUUGGACUUCCCGGAAGCUAUGGAUUUGAUGGAAGACAUGGAUUUUCUGGAAGAUGUGGAUAGAUGGAAGACCAGGAGAUCAAUGGAAGACAUAGCUUGGGAAGACAUGGAUUUUCUGGAAGACAUGAAUUUUCAGGAAGACCUGAAUUGUCCGGAAGACCAGGAUUAUUUGGAAGACAUAGAUAUGUGGAAGACUUGGGAAGUUUCUGGAAGACUUUUCCGGAAGACGUGGACUGGCUGGAAGACCUGGGAUUUUCUGGAAGAGUUGGAUUUUGUGGAAGACGCAGAUUUUUCUGAAGACAUAGAUUGCACUGGAAGACGUGGAUUCUUCUGGAAGACAUGGAUUCUUCUGGAAGACGUGGAUUCUUCUGGAAGACGUGGAUUCUUCUGGAAGACAUGGAUUUUUCUGGAAGAUCUGGAUUCUAUGGAAGACUGGAUUUUCUGGAAGACUUGGAGGUUUUUGGAAGACAUGGAUUUUCUGGAAGAUUAGGAUUGUCUGGAAGAUCUUGACAUUGUUGGAAGACUUGCAGUUGCUGGAAGACCUGGAGAUGUUGGAAGACCUUGAUACUGGCACCAUUGGAAACCCUAGAUAUUGGAAACAUCAUAAGCACAGGAUUUUUGGAAAUACUGGAAGGCUUGUAUUUUUUAAGACAUUGGUUACUUUGGACAUUAAAGACUUUGGAGACCCUGAAUGCUUGGAUAUUUGAUACUGAAAGCCAUAUACUAGAUGUCUUAGAUAAUCAAGGCAUUACAAAUCUUGUAUUUUGAACCCCUAAUCAGUAGUUUUAUGGAGAACAAAAGACCUGGACAUUUACAAAUCACAAAUUAAAAAACUCCACCUAUUGAGAGAUAAUAGAAAACCUCAAUUUUUCCAUAUUCCUGUCAAAAAAUGACUUAAUUUGUAAGGAUUAAGUUUAAAUGAUACUGGCAACCCUAGCUAUAAAGAGCUCUAGAUGCUAAAAGAUCUAGUUAUUUAUGGGUUCAGAGUAACAGAACGCCUGAGUGUUAGAAAAAGAGAGUUCCUGUCAGGGAAGAACUGGCAAUAAAAAGACAUUAUUGGAGUUGAAAGAAUGUAAGAGCUGGAUGAGAGAGAAAGGGGCAAUGGAAUGCUAUUUUCCAGGCAUGACAAAGCCAUUGCUAUCAUGAACUCACAAUAGAUGCAGUUACCUUUCCUGAGCCUGUUACAAGAUGGGGCUUGUCAGUCACAGAUGAGGAAAGGACUUAUGGGGUCCUACCCUUCCUUGGGGAACUACUAGCUACUUACUGAUACUAGGAGAAGGGGAGUCACUGUCUUCAGAUGUGACUGUGGUGAGCCUCCCAUACUCCAAAGGGCAGUUCCACACCCAUGGUCACAAGGAUGGCCCUGGUUGAACUCAGUGGAUCACAAAACAAAAAAGACAUGAAUGUAGUAAAAAUUUAUAGUGAGGAUGAAGACUGACAGGGAUAAGGAUAUUAGAAAGGAUAGGGAUUAGAGUAAUAGUGCAUUAUAUAUACAUGCAUGAAAUAGUCAAAUAAUAAAUUUGAUUUUUAAAAAGACACUGUAAAAUCAAGAUUAAGAAGAUAUUAAUAGAUAAUAAUAAUGAUCUGAUAACUGAACAAUACACUACAAUACACUGGAAAAACUAGACUUGGGUGCUAUCAAAUAAAUGCACUCUAGAAGCCCUGUAACUAGGAAAUAUUGAAUGGUUGGGACCACAGAAGAUGUGAAAAUUAUUAUUCUGGACUGUGAAAGACAGGCUUGACUUUAAGUAGUGAUAAAAAAUAUUAGAAGAUGUAAGACUUUUAAUAAAUCUAAUAUACUAAAUAGAUUAGAAAACACAAGCACUGGAGAUGCUUCAGGCCAGAGACUAGAAAAUAAGAAUAUUGUGAUAUGAGGAAAAGUUAUUGAAAAUACUGUCAUUUGUGGAACUUAGAAGACCUGAGUUAGAGAUAUUGGAAGAUAAAAAGGCCUGAUCUUAGAAAUUAGAAGACCAUGUUUAAAAAUAUUGGUAACAUUGAAAGCCUUUCAUAUUAUGAUGUAGAUGGUAUAUUCAAAGAUAAUCAAACCAUAGCACAGACUUUUAUAACAACAGCAUCUCUUCUACUAAAAAGCAAAACAAGGGCAAGGCCAUUUGAAGUAGAUAACAAAGAGGAAGCAGGAAGUUCAAGUUAAAAAAGUAAUUUAAAUGUGUCAGAACCUAUCUCUACAAUCUCAAUGAACUGACCUUUUUAGCAUUCAUGGUUUGACAGAAUGGAUGCCAGUAGGAUAGAAAUUAUCAAAGAAUAUGUAGUACCUUCAGCUAGAAAAAUUACUUGGUUCUAAAUAAGGGUUCGGCAAAUAUAUUCUGUGAAGGAUUAAGUUGUUAAAUUUUAAUGGUCUCUAUUGAAACUACCCUAUUAGUGUAAGCACAGAUAAGGAAAAUUGCAGCUAAAGUAUAUACCACUAAAACAAUUUGUUUAAAAAAAAAAAAAAAGUCUGGGUGGGUGGAUUUGGCCCAAAGGCUGUAGUUUGCCAAGCCCAACUCUAGAUAUCAAAUCUAGAGCACAAUGAACUUAAGCACAUCUAUGGUUUGCAUUCACAUGCAAAAGUACAGAUGCAACAUUUUGAAGCCUAGUAGCACAGAAGAUAUUGUGUAACAUGGUGAAAAUCAGAAGUUGAGGCUGGCAAUUAUUUAGGUGCCCUUAUAUUCAGAGCCAAAAUUAAAUGGCCUGGACCCAAAGUCCUAGUCAAGGAAGAUGAUGGACAGAAGCUAGAGGAUUA